AUGCCUCAUAACCACGACCACAAUUGUAGCCAUGAACAUGAACAUGAUCACGAUGACCCCGACUCGCUAAGCACUGGGGCCCAGGACAAUCUAUAUCAGUACAUCGAUCGCGCUAAUGUUGUGGCUCUCAACGCGGACGACGAUUAUAAAGGCUCGGACGCAAUCAAACCUUGGCAUGAGCGGGCGAGCGAGGACAAGUUUGUCGAGUCGGAUGCCGAUGAUCAAUUGAUCAUUCGGAUACCUUUUACUGGGAGUGUCAAGCUGCGAUCCCUUCUCUUGAAAACUGGUCCCGCCGAUUUGACUCCUUCAAAGGUCGUGUUGUUUGCCAAUCAGGAUAAUUUGGACUUUCAAGAUGUCACAGACAAAAAACCAACUCAAGAGUUCGACGUUGCACAAGGUCGGGAAGUAGGAGAGUAUGCCGUCAAGACAGCAAAAUUCCCUAAUGUCUCUUCUCUGACAUUGUUUUUUCCGUCCUCUCAAGGUGCCGAUACCGUUCGCAUCUAUUACAUCGGUCUCUUAGGAACUUGGACAGAGAGAAAGUCAAAUCCAGUCAUCACAGUCUAUGAGGCACAAGCGAACCUGGCUGACCACGAAAAGAUCCAAGGCACCGAGGGCAAUUUCAGUACUCCCCAAAGAUGAACUUAAAUAAAGAAAACGUCUUCAAUGAAAAAUGUAUCAUAUUCUUGUAUAAUUCUGGCCAGCUACUACGAUAAAAAUCUUCGAGCUUUUUUCAAAUUUCUCAGCCCCUUUGCUUACACUCUUAUAGUGACCUCGACAUGGGCUCCAGAAGGUGAACGAGUUAAUCAAACGCUUGUUCCACAUACAAUUCGCAAAAUAUCGCACGUGCUAUAGUUGUUUUGCGCAUGGUCCCAUCCUAGCGGAAAUCAGCAUUUGCUCUGACGCUGAUAUUGUUGUUAUAUUCUGCUCGGACACCAGCUCCCACAUAGUAACUGAAAGAUUAGUGAUUGGUUGAGAGGGAAGAACCAUUGUCGGCUCGGUCACUUCCGAGAUAAGCCUCGAGGUUUCCAUUCCUCAACUAGAAGCUUUGCGAGCUUUCUGGCGGCUAUUUUCUUGCCGAAUAGUGAGAA